AUGGGUGAGGUGGCAGUGUUGCACUCUGAGCCUUUGCACUUUGAAUGCAAUGACACCAAACAUAUGACAGAAAAAGAUGUCUAUCCUCCAAAUUCAAAUCCGGAAUCCUUGCCCGGAGAAGAAUCAAGUCAAUCUAUAAACACAAAUGAUCUGCAAGAUAAAGAAUAUAUGGAACAUGGAUGCCAACACUACCGGAGAAGAUGUCGAAUCAGGGCCCCCUGUUGCAAUGAGAUUUUUGACUGCCGCCAUUGUCACAAUGAGGCAAAAAAUGAUAUCAACAUAGAUUAUAAGCAUAGACAUGACAUGCCCCGACACCAAGUCAAACAGGUGAUAUGUUCACUUUGUGGCACUGAACAAGAGGUUCAGCAAAACUGUACUAAUUGUGGUGUUUGUAUGGGCAAGUACUUCUGUGGGACAUGCAAGCUCUUUGACGAUGAUAUAUCUAAGCAGCAGUACCAUUGUAAUGGCUGUGGAAUUUGCAGAACUGGUGGACAUGAGAAUUUCUUCCACUGUAAUAAGUGUGGUUGUUGCUACUCAACUCUGCUGAAAAACAGUCACCCCUGUGUGGAAGGAGCAAUGCAUCAUGAUUGCCCCGUUUGUUUUGAGUAUUUGUUUGAUUCAAGAAAUGAUGUCAUUGUUAUGCCGUGCGGUCAUACAAUCCACAAAAGCUGUCUGAAUGAAAUGAGAGAACAUUACCAGUAUGCAUGCCCCCUCUGUUCAAAGUCAGUCUGUGAUAUGUCGAAGGUUUGGGAGAAAUUGGACAUGGAGAUAGCUGCUACGCCAAUGCCUGAGUCAUAUCAGAAUAAAAUGGUUUGGAUUCUGUGCAAUGACUGCGGAAAAACUUCUCAUGUUAAGUUCCAUUUUGUAGCUCAAAAAUGCCUCAACUGCAAGUCUUACAACACGCGACAGACAAGAGGCUGA